AUGAAUUAUAUGUUCGUUGCAUUCCAUCUUACAACAAAGUUUCUAGAGACAGUUGUUUGUUUGGCGAGCAGUCGCAUCAAUCAAUCAAUUCUUAUCAUCUAUGGAAUGAGUCCGAAUCACGAUGGAAUAAACCGACUCGCCAGAGUUUACCAAACCUCGAAAUAUUUCGAUUGUUAUACUUGGUCUAUUGACUGUCCUUGUCCAUAUUUUAACGCUCCAAUCAAGGCAACACCUUCAAGAUUAUUUACAGAACCACAUUCAAUCGACAGUUAUUAUUAUGUGGAUAUUGAAAAUUACUACUAUGGUCCCUUAAUGAGAGAAUAUGCAAAGGGAAGAUGGGUAACAAAGAUCGAUGCCACCAACUACAAAGUAGGUUUCAUUACCAUCAUGCCGGGCAACAGACUUAAAGUUCCAGUCUACCCAUUCACCAACUAUGCUACAUCACCCCAAACCUUUAAUAUUUCAGUCUCUAAAAUAUUCAAUAGUCAGGUGUUCCAAUUGUCAGUCACCAAUGUCAGCAACCCGUCCAUUGCCAAUAGUCCAAAGGCCAGCUUCCAAUUCUACCAAACGCCAACCGAAAAUAAUUGGAUGUCAGUUUUCCCCAUCAACAAUCUAGGUCUCAGUAACUUGGCAAUCCUAACGGCCAAUCCUUCGAGAUACACUAUAUUGUCAUCAGAGUUUGAUAUUGCCAGAUUCAUUCCAAUGGAAGGUACACAAUUUGAAGCCAAGUAUAAUUUAUUCCUCAAGACCGUUGGUACUGGUUACUCGUCUCCACCAGCUCUGUACAAGGUGGAUCCAUAUCUUUCCAAAGUCAAAGAUCUUCAAUUCCGAGGCAAGGAAGUACCAAUGGUCGCCAAAACAUGUACCACCUCUGUUGACCAAGCCACUGGUGCCAUCGUCACACUCUUCUCAUUCCCUACACCACUUUCCAAUCCACAAGGAUAUGCUUAUAUCUCCUAUGACUAUAAUUUCCUCUCCGAUUUAUCCUAUCCCUACGGUUACAUUACCAAUACCACUGGGUAUCUCGAAAAUAAUCCAUGGUCUAUCCAAAUUUCUUUCCAAGUGUCACCCCAUUUCUACAGAAUCCCAAUGAGUGUAACGUUUAGCUAUUUCGGAGCUGCUCAAAUUACUCCUUGCGAUGGUGUACCAUUUAACAAAUUUUAUGAUGAUCCAUUUAUUUAUUCACCCGAGAUUAUCCCAAUGUCAACAUUUACCUAUAUUUUCAGAUGUCGUAUCAAAUCAAUAUCUGGUCUCAAUCGAUUGGAAGUCUAUGGGUCAGCAUUGGACAGUAGUCAUCUUGCCAGUAGCAAUUAUGAGGAUGGUAUUUACGAAGGUGAAAUGAAAUGGACAGGUUCUUUUGUCUCUUAUGUUUAUAUGUUCUAUACUCCAACUGAAAUUAGACAAACCUUCUAUGACAAUGGUGCUUUAAAUCCAGAUUUUGAACCACAAUUAAUUAGAGAACCUGCUCAUCUUUGGAAAUUGAAUUCAGAUAAUAUUACACAUUUUGAAUUUAGACCAAAUAAUUUGGAUACUUUUAAUGGACCGGUUACAACUAAUUUGUACUUUAAUUCAACCACUUUGGAUAUUAACGCAAAGCCUGAAAUCUACAUUUUAUACACCCCUUACCAAGAUUUGGAUGAGUCCUAUAAAUUCACUGGCUCUUACGACACGCAAGCCAGAAUGUACAAGAUUCCAAUCACCAUUAAGGCCAAACUAUUCCCAAGAUCGUUACAGUAUAAUUUGACAGCAGUUCCAAUUGCAAUCACACCUGAUAUGGUUGCAUCCAAUCCAUUGAUUGGAUCAAACGCCUAUCUCAAUGUGACUAGUGCCUAUGCCGACGAAAUGGGUCCCAUCGUAGUCGACAUGAAAUCAUUCACCAACACGACCGUCAUCCCAAUCGCACCAACCGAAACACUUACGAUUGGAUGGAAUAUCACAGUCACUGAUACUGCAGGUCUCAGUUAUGGUUACGCAAUCAUUAAUUCCAACAUGGAUGGUCUUAACCGUACCCUUUUAUUGGAUGCUAGAAAUCUUACCAGUGGUGGUGCCAAUAGAGGAACCUAUACCGUUAGUUUCCAAGUUCAAGGUGAUACCAUUGAUCAAGUGUUCUCUCUUGAUCUCGAACUUUACGAUAGACUUGGUAACAAGGCAUCGAGUGUAUUGUCAGGUAAACCAAAUACUCCAGUUUACUCUGGACUGUAUGUAGCUGGUAGAACUUCGUUUAACCUUACCUUGGAUACCACUCCAACCACUCCCGAUACCACUCUGCCAGUCAUGACCAACUUUUUGAUUGAAACGCCAAUUGUCGAUGUAUCUGGUCUCUCGAGACUUGCAAACAUCUCAUUCACCAUUACCGAUAAUUACAAGUUGUCAAGACGUCACACUCCAACCGUCUAUUUCAACUCGAUCAGUCAACUCAUUUCAUUCCCAGUGUCAUCCAUCGAAUUUGUCUCUGAUGUAGAGGCACGUUGCACUCUCUCUGCUGAAUUGCCAUAUGGUUUUAACCCUGGAUACGUUAUGGUAUCUGUCUAUGGUAUUGUCGACGCUCAUCUCAACAUUAAUGGGUACACUAGCAAUGCUAUCAAUGCUACCGGAGCCGUCUUCACCUUUAACACUACCAUUACUGUUCCACGCCCAGUCCUCAUCUCGGGAUCUGGGUACAACCCAACCACAGGUGGCAGACUCACCAUUCGUGGACGUAAUCUCGGACAAACCCCACCCACAUGUAUGGUCGAUUACUCCAACACUACCUUUGAGCCAGUCCCAUCUCUAUUCAAUUCAAGUGUUGUCGUUGGUUUGAAUGCACCAGCACUAUCAAAUACCAAUAUCUUGCGAGUACAAUGUUAUGUACAAGGUAUCAAGACCAAUAUAAUCUCACUCGACUUUGCACCCAAAUACAUCCCUGUUCCCGACGGUUCAUCCACUGGUAGUGCGUCAUCUUCAGAUGGUGGCUCGACCAUUCCACCCAAGCCCGAUUGUGGUCCAGUCGAGCCAUGUUACGGUCACGGUUUUUGUGGUAGCGCUGGAUGUGUAUGUUCUGGAAAUUGGACUGGUAUCUAUUGCAAUCAACUCAUCUAUGUCGUCCCAGAACCAACUCCAAAUCCAUCCGAACCAACUAUCAACAAUACAAUCCCAGGUAAUGGAGGAGGAAAUAGUGGAGGUUCUUCCACAAGCGGUGGAGGAUCAACCUCUGGAGGCGGAGGAGAAACACCAACAGCUCCACCCAUUUACACAGUUACAUCGGUCGUCGGACUUUUAGAACUCGAUAUGGAUGGUGUAGUUGUCAACAAGUAUAAUUUCACCAAAUGGAUCUUUACCAACACCAGUACAAUGACCCAAACAACCUAUCAAUACAUUACGCCGUUGAGUGAAGACCGUUCGACCACUAUUAUUGUUGGCAUUGAAUACUUUAAACAAGCCAAAAACAUUACAUUUGGAUCACAAACCCUCUCAAUGAUCCCAUCGUCCAUCAAAUACACCAUCGACCUUACGCACUAUGAUUUCGAACAAUCUCUAAACACUCUCCAAUUGGUCAUGUCGGCAUCCAUCUCUCAAGAGGUCAAAACAGAUUGUGUCGACAAUCAAUAUGGUAUCGACUCUGAUAUUAAUAAUUUAGAGUGGAUUAACCUUAGAAUCAACGAUGCAUCACUCUAUGGUAGAUUCCUUCGCUAUGCAAUUGUCGAUGGUAGAUCGGCACGUAUCAACAAUGUCAUCCUUCCAAACGAUACCUUUGCAGGUCACCCAGAAGCCAGUGAAUCCUCAACUGCAUCUCAAUUAUUCAUUGGUAUCAAUGUUCCUUGGUUUGAAAAUACAGUAACAGUUGAUCCAGAUUUUAGUGUACUUUUAAAUCCAGACACCGAUUCGGUUUGUGGUUCAUCCAAUGAAGGAUGGUGGACUACUGGUAAAUUGGCAGGUGUUGUAGUUGGAUGUGUAGUUGGUUCAGCAUUAAUUAUUGGUGGAACCAUGUUUGCAAAAAAGAAAGCUAUUGCAAAUAGAUACAACAGAGUUAUGCAAUCAAAGUUAUCAAGAAUGAAUCCUCAAAGUACUGCCUAA